AAUUGACGAGUAAUUGGUGUUUUUUCUUUCCAAUUCCUUGAUAAGAGUGCGAAGAAAAGAAGAGAGUGGCAGCCACCAACCACAGCAUGCUUUGCUGUCGUCAUUCUUGAGGUUGAGGCUCCCGUACUCCUCCUCUAUUCUUCUAGAAAGAAAGGAAAAAAAAAUAUAUAUUAAAAAAAGGAAGAGAAGAAGUGAUCGGGUGGGUUAAUUAAUGUAAUGAGUAGCACCUGGUAGUGUAUUAGUGAGAAAAAUGGGAAGGGCAUUUGUGUAUGUGAUAUUGGGAGGGGGAGUGGCAGCUGGGUAUGCAGCUCAGGAGUUUGUCAAGAGAGGUGUUUCUCAUGGUGAACUCUGCAUCAUUUCUGGAGAGCCUGUUGCACCCUAUGAAAGGCCUGCUUUGAGCAAAGGUUUCUUACUUCCAGAAGAUCCUGCACGACUUCCUUCAUUUCACUGUUGUGUAGGAUCCAAUGAAGAAAGAUUAACUCCGAAAUGGUACAAGGAGCAUGGAAUUGAGUUGAUUCUUGGAACUCGCGUUAAGUCUGCAGAUAUGAGGCGCAAGACACUUUUGACAGUGACUGGAGAAACAAUAAGCUAUAAAAUUCUUAUCGUUGCAACAGGUGCUAGGGCCUUGAAGCUUGAGGAGUUUGGUGUGACUGGAUCAGAUGCUGAAAAUGUUUGUUAUUUGAGGGAUUUGGCUGAUGCAACAAGGCUUGUAAGCGUUAUGCAAUCUUGUAUGGAUGGGAAUGCCGUCGUCAUUGGUGGGGGUUAUAUAGGAAUGGAAUGUGCUGCUUCCUUGGUGAUAAACAAAAUAAAUGUCACCAUGGUCUUCCCUGAGGCUCAUUGCAUGGGCCGGCUAUUUUCACCAAGGAUUGCAAGUUACUAUGAAGAAUUUUACAAGUCUAAAGGAGUGAAGUUUAUAAAGGGAACUGUCUUGACUUCAUUUGAUUUAAAUUCUGAUGGGAAGGUCACCGCAGUUAGUCUUAGAGAUGGCAGUAAGCUUCCUGCUGAUAUGGUUGUGAUUGGGAUUGGGAUCCGUGCAAACACAAGCCUGUUUGAAGGCCAACUAACUCUGGAGAAAGGUGGGAUUAAGGUGAAUGGGAAGAUGCAAUCGAGCAACGCUUCAGUCUAUGCAGUUGGGGAUGUUGCUGCUUUUCCAGUAAAAAUGUUUGCUGAAACACGCAGACUCGAGCAUGUAGAUUCUGCGAGGAAGACAGCAAGGCAUGCUGUUGCUGCUAUCAUGGAACCAGAAAAGGCGGGUGAAUUCAACUACCUGCCAUUCUUCUACUCCCGCGUCUUCACAUUGUCUUGGCAGUUUUAUGGAGACAACGCAGGGGAAGUAAUUCAUUUUGGGGAUUUCUCGGGAAAGACCUUUGGGGCUUAUUGGAUUAAUAAGGGUCAUCUUGUUGGUUCUUUUCUGGAGGGUGGAACCAAAGAGCAGUACGAAGCUAUAGCCAAGGCCACGAGGCUUAAACCGGCAAUUGAAGACCUGGUUGAGCUUGAGAGGCAGGGACUGGGAUUUGCUUUGACAGCAAGCCAGAAACCAUCAUCAUCAUCAUCACCUCCUCCUGUUGCUGGCAGUUCUAAUCUCGUCAUCGAGAAACCAUUACACGCUUGGUACGCAACUGCGGGUGUGAUUGUGGCUGCAUCAGUAGCAGCCUUUGCAUACUGGUAUGGCAGGAGGCGACGAAGAUGGUGAAAGCAUUGAUUGUGUCGGCUGCCAAAAAAAAAAAUUUUUUUUGUACUGAUAUUUUUAGUGCACAUGUGGCCAUUGUUGUAUCAUUUAUAGGGGCUUGAACGGUAGAAAGGCUACAUCUGGUAUAUAUAGUCAGAUUUACGAGUAAAAAGGGCUGAAAUGUAUGAUUCAUCAUGAAGUCUUUUGAGUCAGAAUGAUGAGAGUUGCUUGCUCGUUUCUUGAUUUUUAUUGAAGAUGGCGAACUUAUUUCUUUCUG